AUGGUAGCUUUCAUUGAUGUCAACGGCGCCCGUCUGGCCUACGCGAUUUCGGACAACGACACAACUAAGCCAUUGUUGAUCACCUUGCAUGGCGGCCGAGGCUUUGGUAGCCAUGAAAGUGAUCAUCGGGCUUAUCUGCCAUUGAACGACAGUUACAGAAUUCUGUCUUUCGACUACAGAGGCCAUGGACAAAGCUCCAGGACAGGACCGUAUUCUUUCAGACAACUGGUCGACGAUAUUGAAGCUAUGCGUAUGCACUUUGCCGCACAGAGCGACCUUUUCAUCCUCUGCGGCGGCAGUUUCGGAGACGAACUGGAGGCUGUAAAGGUUCUUGGUCAACGAAUGCACAAAGCUCCCAGUCUUUCUCUAAAUCAGCUGAAGAACAAGAUCUUCGGGGCUUUCGAAAGCGAUACCGAGUUUCAACUUGUAAUGCACGCCGCAGCACCCCUUUAUAGCGAGUCUUUCGAUGCGGAUGCGGCUCUGGCGGCGACCUUGAAGAUCGUGUACUUCGCUGAAUCGCACAACGCACUGUACUCAGAGCGAGAGAAGUACUUUGAUUACCGAGAGUCGCUACACCUUGUCGCCGCCAAGACUUUAAUCAUUGUAGGUGAUCAGGACUGGAUUUGUCCUCCCUCGCAAUCUAGGGUAAUGGCAGCGCUGAUCCCAAACGCGCAGCUGGAAGUCUUCGCAGGCGCGAAUCACAGCGUACACAUAGAGAAGAAUAGCGAGGUCAUUGCCACAAUUCGGGGUUGGAUCGGCGAUCUAUAG